UAUAUAUAUAUAUAUAUAUAUAUAUAUAUUCACUGUACAUCUCUUGAAUCUACUUUGCAGCGCUUACCCUCGUUCCCUCCCUAAAUGUUUCAAAAAGAGGGCUUUGUUCGGGUUCACACCUUCACUUUGUUUAUACUCAUGAUUUUUUUUCUACGUUUAUCACUGCUAUUGUUUUUCCUGAUGUUUUUAUUGGUUAGAGGUAUUUGCCCUGAUCUUUAUCAUGUUGUACAGCGCUUUGUGAUUUAUAUCUGUGAAAGGCGCUCUAUAAAUAAACUUUUACUUACUUAGUUACCCUUAAAUUUUACCGCAGAGGAAAAUUCCUGGCAAUAGGGGGCAGUAUAUACAUAAAUUAUUGUAAGCACGAGGUAUUUUUGAGUUUGAGUAAGACCUUCUUGUCUACAAAUGGCCAUUGGGUCAAAAAUCCCUGGGAGCGUUGCCUCCAGCAAAAAUAACGAACACGUCAGACUCCCUUUCAUCACUGGCAACAAGCGAAGAGGCAAAUGUAAAACAACAAGACAACAAUUAGUUCGUUUUGUAACCGCUUGCUACAAAUUAGUAAAUGCAUUUUGUCCUCACAGGCUCCCGUAGAAGGAAACAUGGCAUCUAAUAAGCCGUCCUCCAGAGACUUAGACCCGCUCCCGUGCAUUUUAGACCUGAUUUUUAUGGUUAUAUGUUACAAAGCCAACAACUGGGCAUCAUUUGGUUCAUUUUCAAUAUUUCAAUUGAUAUUUCCAGAUAUUACUGACACAUUGUCUCUUUAAUUUAAAAAAUCGGAGUUUUAAGACUUAAUCUGUAAUUCCUUGUUAUUUUGUGGCUUUUUUCUCUCUCUUCUCAUCCUCCUGCAAUAAAAAGGCCCUGUUUUUUAUGUUAAACACAAAUCUGACCUGAUGGGUCAAAGUUUCCUCACAAAGGUAUCAGCAGCAAACAGAAAAACCAAAAAAACUAAAGAGUCUGAGAGCUUCAUUAGUUUUUAUUGUUGGACAGCACCACCCACCCCAUCUCUGUCUCAGAGCUUCUGGUCCAAACAGAGGAGCCUCGCAGCCUGGAGAGGGGGGGUGUAGGAUGAAUCUCUCUGAUCUCUUAUCAGCUGCAGCAGAUUCUCUGGGAGGAGGGGCGUGUGUGUGUGUGUGUGUGUGAGAAACAUCCACACCAGAUCUCCAUCUCUCAGACCUCCUGUUCUGCUGUUGAGAUAACCUGACACGUAGAGGAAACCGUCCUCUGAUCACACUUUAGCAGAACAGAAACGAUCAACAGCAUCAGAACCGAAUCUCGACCAAUCAGCAACAAGCUGGACCUGGCUCAUGGUCUGAUGAGGCUGAAAAGACCACAGACAGCAGGAAAAUGAGAAGAUCGUUCUGAAGAAUAAACCUGCUGCAGGAAAAAUGUUUCAUGUCUUUCAAUUAGGCACUGAUUAGAACAAUUUUAUGUUUUAAUCUAAAAAAAGAACUGAAUGAGGUAACAUUUGACUCAUUUUACCUGGAGGUGACGUCACAUCUCAAGAGGGUUAAUCAUACCUUCUUUCCCCAGACUGUUUGCGACACUUAUCGAGCCAUCAAUGUUUAAUUCAAAGAUGCAUUUUUGCUUGAGACGCUGCAGAUUUGAGCUUAUUUCCGUCAUCCCUCUCCGAUUUGUAGCCAGACUUGAAUCUUUUCUUGAUCAAUAGUUCUUCAGAUACUUUCAAAGCUUUUUCUGCACCUUUUUGAAGCUCAUUAGUCACUGCGGCAUGGUUUAGAUACAGGAACUGGACUGAAAAUGAGCAGAAAAACAGCCCAAGUCCAAAGAAAAGCUUCAGAAAGACACAAAUCGGCUGGUCAUUAAUAAUGAGUUUGGAUAGAAACAAAAGGGUUUGCUGCAUUUGAUCGUUACAAUUUUCUACACAUUCAUGAAAAAACGAGAUAGAAACAACCCUAACCAAAUGUAAUCAUCACUUUUUUGAAUACUGAAUAAAGUUUCACAGAGAAACUAAAACAAACCAUCUCUCUGGUCUCUCCAUCUCGUGCGCUCUCAUCCAACCUGCGCGCGCCUCUCCAUCCCUCCCUCUCCUACACUUCCAAUCUGCACUUCAAAGUCGGUUUCAGACACGAGCUGAUCUUUCUGUCAACUGGUGCCACGCGCUCCACAUCUCCACCGUCAUCACCACCACCACCACAGCGAUGCCUCGAGGAUUCUUGGUGAAGCGGAACCGGCGGGGCUCAUUGUCAUACCGGCCACGGAGCGACAUCCAACUGAACGAGGCGCAGGUGGAGACCCCCACGCAGGGGGUCUUCCCGUUCCACCGACCGGAUAGAGAACUCCCAGAGUCCCGCGAGGACCCGAUCAGGGAGGCGUGGAGCCCGCACGUGGAGUCCGCGCUGGAGGCGGAGGCUGACCGGAGCGCGCAGCUACCGGACACCGAUGUGGACGUUCUGAGUGUAGAUGAUGAUUUCUCCUGCUUCUACCCGCCUCCCCCUCCACACGACCUGGCUUUAAACGACACCUGCAGCCCCGUUAAACCGGUGGGCACGAGGCUGCUGGAGCACGCAGAGAAGCAACCGGCGUUACCGGAACUUCCGUAUCUGGUGAGCUCCACACCGAACUCCAUGUCCGCUUCCAUCCAGGCGCUCUUCAGCAGCGGCCGCCUCCACGCGCAGACUUACGACCAUAAGUUUGACCCGAACCUGGCCCACCUGUUCCCAUCUCUGACGCUGAUGGACCGGGGGCAGGCGGACAGAAAACGCUCCUUCCUCGAUCCGGAUCAUCCAAACAAACACAGCACCAAGCAGGCGGCGGGAAAGAAACCCAAACUCAACCGGAGGAUGAACUUCGAGGAUGAGGUCACCACGUCUCCGGUUCUGGGUCUGAGGAUCAAGAAAGAGAGUCCGGAUCUGAGGAGGUCUCGGGACAAACCGUCCGCCCCCACCGGGACUCAGCCUCUCGGGGAGUUCAUCUGCCAGCUCUGUAAGGAGGAGUACCCGGACCCGUUCUCCCUGGCUCAGCACAAGUGCUCCCGCAUCGUGCGCGUGGAGUACCGCUGCCCGGAGUGCGACAAAGUCUUCAGCUGUCCCGCAAACCUGGCCUCCCACCGGCGAUGGCACAAACCGCGUCCGGUGAACAACCAGACCGGGGACACGAGCCGGGGUCAGCCGUUAAAAGAGGCCCGGGUGAUGCUCCAGCAGGAGAAGCAACCGGUGAAGAUUGACGGUAAAGAAAACGAGAUGCAGCACCACGGAGCACCGGACAGCUCCUCCCGCGUGCUGCUGCUCCGCACCGACUCCUCCGCCCCUUACCGGAAUCCGGACAUGCAGCAGCACGUGAGAGCGGCGGACAGCCCCCCGUCCGGGCUUCUGUUGCUCAACCCCGAAGAGCGCGCGGACCUCCCGCUUCUCCAGACCCCGUUACCGGAGGAGGAGGUGUACGACUGCCGCUACUGCGGGAAGAAAUUCCGCCGACAGGCUUACCUGAAGAAACACCUGGCCGCGCACGAGAUGACAGCGCGCGCAUCCCCGCCCUCCUCACCUUACCCCCAGAGCCAGGUGUUCCUGUGCCACCUGUGCGGCGCGCGCUUCCCGUCGGUGGACAUCAGAGACAAACACCGCCUGUGGCACGCGAUGCGGGACGAGCUGCUGGCGGAAACGCUGGAAGGUGCACGCAGAGCGGAGGCGUUUCACGCGCACAGAGAAGAGGGCAGCGGCGGCGAGCAGCAUCAGCAGAUCUUCACCUGCAAGUACUGCCCGUCCACCUUCUUCAGCUCACCUGGGCUCACGAGACACAUCAACAAGUCUCAUCCCACCGAGAACCGGCAAGUGAUGCUGCUGCAGAUGACGGUCCGGCCGUGAAAGUCCAGAAAACCGAACCGGAAGCAAAAACUCUGCUGAAGCGUUGGCUUACGUCUCAGUGCCUUUUAUGAGCUCGUUAAACUUUUAUCAUCAAAUAAAAGAAAAACGAAAACUUAUUAAAUCCAUGAAGGCGGGCUGACGUGUCGCUGUCCCUGGUCCUGAAACCGCUCCGCUGGACGCACGCUGUCCCUGGUCCUGAAACCGCUCCGCUGGACGCACGCUGUCCCUGGUCCUGAAACCGCUCCGCUGGACGCAGCUACUCCUGCGUAAACCCCCAACACCUGCUUCGAUGCUUAGAUAUUCAACUUGUUUGGUACAUUUGACUAAAUAAACCAAGAACAUUCUCUUUAAUCAGAUUCUACCCAGUAUCAAACCUAUAAUUUAUACACGCUUAAGUUUUUCUGAUAAACGAAUCUAAAAAAAAAAAUCACCGACUUUGACUUUUAUAAUUAAUGUUUUCUGUUAAUCAUAUUUUCAUACAGAACUUGAAUAUUUCAUGUUGAUCCUGUUGGUUAAAACGUCUCGUCUUU